CAUUGCAUUCGGGAGCUGUUGUGUUGUGUCUGCUUCCGUCAGUUUAUUCACUGCAUGCACUCCAAUAUCGCAAUUCACUUCGCUGAUUAAACUGCCAGGCAUAACACCACCGAUGUCCCGGAAUAUUCAAUUACCACCGGAGAUAAUUGAAUUGAUAUUUUCUUUCUGUGAUUGCGCCACAUUAAAAGUGCUCAAAAGUGUCGAUUGUGAUUGGCGAUCAUUGAUUGAGACGUUAAUUCAGAAACGCUGCUCGAGAAAUAUUCCAGACCUUGAUUUAUUGGAAUACAAAUAUAAAUUCAGCAAAGAUGGAACAAAACUAGAGAAUAUUUGUGAAAAUUGGGAGAAUUGGCAGGAUAUUGUCAAUAAUAUUGAAUUUGAGAAUGUUUCUUUUAUUUACGAGAAGAAAUACAUUUCAUGUGUUGCUGUUUUCAAUGAUUAUGUAGCUGUUGGUUUAGAUACGGGUGCUGUACACCUAUACAAUCAAACUGAAGACUUAUUGAAACAAUUUGAAGCUUUAGUUCAACGAGAACCUCAAUCAAUUAAAUUUGUUCCAGGUUUUUUACUUUCAGAAGAACCAUUUGCCCUUCUUGUUGAAUAUACUUUAGUAACCUGUAUUCAUGACUUUUCCCAAGAGUACCAAUCGAAUGUAUUUGAUCACCAACAAGUAUUUACAGCUUAUAAAAGUUACAUUUGUGGUGUUGCUCUUGAUGGUACUGUAACAAUAGCACAAAUCUACAAAGAUGAAGAUGAAAACACUAAAAAUCAACAAAUUAUGCUAAAAAUACUUAAAUUAGUGAAACUUCAAGUCCUAAUCACUAAUAAUAUAUUUGCUAGUUUAUCCUCUGAUAAAUGUAUGAUAUUAAGUGAUGAUAAAGUCUUUGCUAUUAACUAUAAAGACGAAAAUAACAAUAUUGAAGGAAUAGCAACCGAAAUCGCAAGUUUGGAUUUUGCGAUGAAUUCUGUUCCUGUUUUAUGGCGUGACGCGUUGAUUUUCUACGAUAAAGUGAUAAUAACUAAUUCACAACCUAGGGCCGAUACAGGGCAAAUUUUUGAAGUUUUUCUUCUUGAAAACGCCAUCAAUGGAAUUGUUUCAAGUGUAAAACGGUUUUAUCUCACUGAAGUGUUCGAAUCUCUGAUUACAUGUCUUUAUUUAUACGGAAGCACUUUAAUUCUGGGUUUUGCCAAUGGUGAAGUAUUGUUUUAUGAAGUACAUGACUUUCAAAGUUUGGAUUUGAAAAAGUACUCGAAAUUAAUUACAAUGUUUACGAAAUUAGGGCGGAUAUUAUCUAUAGAUGUGAUUGAAAGUUGUGGCAAGCGAGAGUUUUAUGUUGCUGGACCUACUUUUGUACGUAAAAUCACUGGAAAGUUAAGAAUAAAGUAAAAGAAAUGAAA